CUCAGGGUGACCACGAGUCAUACAAACAGCACUGCACUGAGGCCUCAGCUCAAGAGUGAACAAAGUGAACAUCAGUCAUCGGACUUUGUGAAGAGGAUCCCUGCGACUAUAGGUCAGAGUUUGCUUCUUGGAUGCAGCACUAUGAGUGGGUUAGAGAGCAGAGCUUAAGAGGUAGUGCUGGUCACCAGAGCACAAACAUAUCACGGUCUGUGAUGCGAAGCGGAGAGAGCUUCUGUGAAUAUCGUGACAGGGACAUGGGAUGUCUCUGACUGUGCAGCGAAAUCAACAUGACUUUCAUUCUGCCCUCAGUCUGGUAACAAGUGAAGACGUCGUCCAGCUUGAAGCAACAUCCGGCACCCAAUAAAAAGAGAAAGAGGGUGGAACAAAGGGAGGAGACAGAAGAAGAAUAAGCGAGAGAGAGAGAGAAAAGGAGAGACUAGAGAGGUAAAGUGGAGAGAAGAAAGAAACUCACAUUUUUACAGAUGGAUCUGGGCGUGCUCAAGGCUCUGGAGAGAGAGAAGGUUCUGGAGGUUCUUCAGAGAGACAAACUUUUACGCAGCACGGAUGACGACAGAAUAAGGAGGCUGAAGACGGAGCUACAGGAGAUCCGAAGGAAAGGUGCCAAGGGUUUUGCACGGCAGUACAGCGAAAGGACUUGCGCCCGCUGUCAGAGGCAGCUGGGAAUGUUCUGGAACUCGGGCGCCGUGUGCCGAGGCUGCAGCCACCGCGUCUGCAACAAGUGUCGCGUGGGCGUGUCCGCCCUGGACUGGAAGUGCACCGUCUGCCACGCCUACAGGAAGGUUAAGAUCAGGUCCGGGGAGUGGUUUUUGGAAGAAAGGGACAAGAAAUUUCCACCUGACUCGGAAAGGCAUGAGACUGUUGGGGAGAAGCUACUAAAGUCUUACCAGAGGUUGAGUCAUAUAACAGUCGUUCCGCCAACCGCUCCACCCUGUCAUUUGGACCGAAGACAAAUAUGGCUACAGGGAUUCCCCCAAGGGCAUAAGGCGAAGAAGACACAACCUCUCUCCUCAAAGCUUACCAAAGGCCCCAGUCUUACCAACCUGUUCAAGAAGAGCCGGAAUGAUGACCAGAGCAGUUCCUCGUCAGGGGCAGAUGAGGACCUUUCUCUGGGUUCAGAGUACUCAUGGGGAAAGAGGGGCAGUAGUGCUAGUAGCACUGGUACAGACUGUGGACUCUUGGAGAUCAACAGAGUGACAGGGGAGCUAAAGCUCGCCAUCGCCUUCAACCACAUCACUUCCUGCCUGGAGAUCACAAUAAACGGCUGCAGAAACCUGGCGUAUGGAGAUAUCAAGAGGAAGAAGUGUCACCCGUACGUCAAAGUCUACCUACUGCCGGAGAAGUCUCAGAGCAGCAAACUGAAGACAACUAUCAAGAGGAACACAACGGAUCCCAUUUAUAAUGAAAUUUUACAGAUGGAGAGCCCCUUGUUGUCCAGGAGUACUCUGCAGGUGUCUGUGUGGCACUCUGCGACCCUGAAGAAGAAGGUGUUUCUGGGAGAGGUCCUCGUCCCGCUGGAGGGCUGUAUAUUUAAGGACAGCACCACCCAGGGCUCCAACAGGUACCCCCUGUGUCCAAAGCCUGAGAGUCCAGAAGGGAAUGCAGUAGAGCAGGAUACAGCAGGUCAGAAUGAAGUUCACCUCCUUGUCCCAGCCGUCCUGGGUUUGCCACACAGAUGGUGCUUGACUCUUCCCGGGCCCAGAGAGCUGGUCCAGAGGACCCCUGUCCUGAAGAAGCCCAGUCCGGUGUGGUCUCACCAGCUGCUCUUCAGCAGAGUCACGCCCUAUGACCUCCAGAUCUGCACUCUGGAGCUUGACCUCUGGGACCACACCCCCUUUACCUUCUCAGACCGCCUCCUUGGCUGGGUCAGAAUGGAAGCCGAUAAUAUGGCUGUCUGUCAUACCUUUACAAUCAUACAGUAGAUUUGAAUCAGUUUGCAUGAAAAUGAAAUGGCGUAAAUAGAAAAGUUUGACCAGGCCCAUCCAAGGGGGCUUGAGGUGAGAUACAUUAUUUGUUUUUAAAUUCUUCAACUGGGUUUACUUCAUCUAAUACCAACUCCAGUUGUCUAACAUCCCAGACUGAGUCAAACGUCAAUGAUAAUUGAAUUAACAAGAGCACCAAUGUCCUAUUUCACACAAAUGUAAUUUAGAGAGCCAUCUGAGGAAACAGGUUUCACCUAUUUCACCUUACAGGGUAUUGAGGACUCUCUCUCCUUAGCAUAUAAUUUCUCUCUUUUCAUUCUCUCGUGCUCUCUCUCUCUGUGUGAUGGACUCAGCUUAGUGCAGUCUCUGGUUUCACAAAACUAUAAAACAUUGAAAAAAUAUUUGUGAGAGGAAGCAAGGAAGGACUGAUGAUGUCACUGACCUGGCACUCUGUUAACCACGUGUUUCUUAGGGUCAUCAUGGCAACUGGUGCUGCAGACACCCAACAUGUGGCAUGACUUCAGUUUACCCAUGCAAGCCAACAUCAACAGCAGGAGAACAUGAUGUCAGAGUCAACAGGGGAAAAAAGCAACUGGACUGGACUCCCCACAAGAAAAACCUUGGCACUUUAAGGGCUCUAUUCAAUCCGUAUCGCAGAAAUUCAGCGUAAUUUAAAGGCAAUGCUCCCACAUUAGCGGAGUCUGCAUUUACGGUAAACGUUGCGCAUGUCGGCUCAAUAUGAAAUGACUUUUACAUUUCUGCAAUACAGACUGAAUAGAGCCCCUACUCUACCUUUACCUCUAUUUGCACUGACUGUCAGGCCCUUGCUUAGUGAAAGUCCCUUCUAUUAACUAUUUAUGUUCAAUUGAUGACCUUUUAUGUAUUAAAAGGAUGUUCUACUCAAAAGGAAACCUAUUGUUCUUUAUUACUGUUUUUAAAGGGACGUUCCACUCAAAUACAACCCAGCAUGAUUUUUCCACUUUCCUUGGAAAAUGGCCUACAACUGAGGUGUUCAAGUGGAAAAUCAUAUUAAGUUGUAUUUUGAGGGGAAUAUUCCUUGUGCUUUAAGCAUGCUCACCUGAUAACAUUGAAUGAAUGUCAUUAAACGUCUGAGAAAGUGAAUGUCUACAACAUAAGAAAACAUGUGGUUGUCUCAUUCUUUCUUAGUUUCUUCUUGUCCUUUCUAUUCAUGAGUUUCUGUAACCUGUAGUUAACCCCUAGCUAACGU